AUGAUUCGCCGGAUAUUACCUGUGCUGUUGCUGUUAGCGCCACUAGCCCUCUGCGAAGAUAUCGAAGCCCUCUGUAAAGCCGGAUCCGCGUCUUGCGGUGACUGCAUCAAACAACACCCGAGCUGUGGCUGGUGCCGAGAUCCCCAUUCGAAACUCUCAUCAAGAUGCCAACUGAAGUCGAAAUUGACGCCGGAUGUCUGCCAUCAGCAAUAUGUAUACUCACCGGUUACGGAGAUGAAGGUUGAUCCCAGGGCAAUCGCCCUGCGGUCCAUCGAUCCUCGAUCGAACUCGCCAGUCCAAGUGUACCCCCAACAAGUUGAAGUGAAGAUUAAGGAAGGCGAGUCAAUGGACGUUCCCUUCAAAUUCCUGCACAAGGAGACGUCGGGCGGUGCCCAGAUCAAGGACUUCCAAAUUAUGACCUCCAACUUUUCCGGGACCGGCGUCCAAGUCGAUUUUGUAAUUGAUUGUCAUGGCAAGAAAGUGAGCGCGAAGAAGUGCGAGAAGGUGCCGGAUGGAACUGAACUUUCCGUUAUCGCUAAGGUAAAACUGACGGCUUGCUCAAGCUCGACCGGCUCGAUCCCGAUCACUGUUGGAGCAUUGAAAAGAACUCCCCGCUGUGCUACAGCCACGGCAACCUCAUAUGCGGCAAGUGCGAGUGCCAAGAGGGCCGCGGGGGGACACAAUUGUGAUUGCCCACUCUCGCUCUACAACGUCGAUUCGGAUGCCGAGCUGACCGACAAGUGCCGAGAAUACCCCGGCGCACCGGUCUGUGGCGGACAUGGCGAAUGCAAAUGCGGACAAUGUGUUUGCGAAAAUCCGACGACGGCUGGCAAAUUCUGCUCGUGCGAGAAUGGCGUGUGCCCGAAGGGAGGUCCGACGAAUCAGACGUGCUUCGGGCAUGGCGUGUGCCAAUGCGGUGUCUGUCAAUGUGAGGAGGGAUGGACGAGGGAGGACUGCAGCUGCACCACUCAGACCGUCACUUGUAUCGAGGGGACUCGUCUCUGCUCCGACCACGGCAAGUGUGAAUGUGGGCGAUGUGUGUGCAACGACGGCUGGACCGGGGCAACGUGUGCGGCUGAAGAGCCAACGGAGGGUCCUCGAAGUAAGCCCGGAGCUCCUGACCGGAUUCCGGAAGAGAAGCCUGAGGCUGCCGCAAGUGACAUGCACGAUUUGGACAAUGGCUUGACCCAGACGACUGCUGCCGCUCAAGACGAAGAAGACCCGGCCUUCGAUACCCCAGAAGCCCAAGAAGAACCUAAAGUCGCCUCAGCCGCCAUUUCCACCAUUUUCUUGGCUUUCACCGCCACUAUCUUGAGAUUUAUC